GGGAGAGGAAGCAUGUCUACAUCACCUGCGCGCGAGGGUUCUGCGAACGCGGGUAGUUCGAAUGGGAAUCUGGACGAGAAACCUAGAUUAUCAGAACAUGAGAAGAAGGCGAAUCAUAUUGCUUCUGAACAAAAACGCCGGCAAGCUAUCCGCGAAGGCUUCGAUCGUCUCACGGAGCUUGUACCUGGAUUAGAAGGACAAGGGAGGAGCGAGAGUGUGGUUCUCAAAAAAACUGUCGAUUAUAUGCGCGCACAGUUGGAUGAGAGGAGGAAGCUGGUUGGUAGGAUUGAGGAGUUGGGCGGGCAGGUGGAGGACGGUAUGAAGCGAUGA